UGGCUGCCUGACACAGCGCCACAGGCUGCUGCUGAGCUUAUAGCUUCAAGGGGCUGGAUUCCCAGCCAGGCACCCCUCAACCUCUUUUAUUUUGAGAUCGGGGGACAGGGGGUGGUCUCAUCUGGAAGAUCUGGGCUGAAUUUCAUCUCUUUAAUUUUAAGUGGGUACCUCUAUGAGAACUGACUUCAAGGUGUUCAUCAAGGAAAGCAGUGUCCCCACGCUGGAAAUGAGAAAAGAUGACAGUUGCUGAGACGGAUGGUUAACAGCUUGGAGGUGUUCCCCAUUCAAAAUGCCUUUUAAAGCAUUUGAUACCUUCAAAGAGAAGAUUCUGAAACCUGGAAAAGAAGGAUUGAAGAAUGUCGUGGGAGAGUCACUGGGGAUUUUACAAAGAAAAAUCGAUGGAACCAAUGAAGAAGGUAGCAUCGAACUGAAUGAAGAUGGCAGGCCCGUGCAGAGAUCCGGGCCAAGGGCCCCGCUCUGUGACUGCUCCUGCUGUGGGGUCCCCAAGCGCUACAUCAUCGCCAUCAUGAGUGGGCUGGGAUUCUGCAUUUCUUUUGGGAUUCGGUGCAACCUUGGAGUCGCCAUUGUGGAAAUGGUCAAUAACAGCACUGUGUAUAUUGAUGGGAAACCGGAAAUUCAGGCAGCACAGUUUAACUGGGAUCCAGAGACAGUGGGCCUUAUCCACGGAUCCUUUUUUUGGGGCUAUAUUGUGACGCAAAUUCCAGGGGGUUUCAUCUCAAACAAGUUUGCCGCUAACAGGGUCUUUGGAGCUGCCAUCUUCUUAACGUCGACUUUGAACAUGUUCAUCCCCUCGGCCGCUAGAGUGCAUUACGGCUGCGUCAUGUGUGUCAGGAUCUUGCAGGGGCUUGUGGAGGGUGUGACCUACCCAGCCUGCCACGGGAUGUGGAGUAAGUGGGCACCACCCUUGGAGAGAAGUCGUCUGGCUACGACCUCUUUUUGUGGUUCCUACGCAGGGGCGGUGAUUGCCAUGCCCCUAGCUGGGGUGUUGGUUCAGUACAUCGGUUGGGCCUCUGUGUUUUAUAUUUAUGGUAUGUUUGGAAUUGUUUGGUACAUGUUUUGGUUGGUGCAGGCCUAUGAGUGCCCUGCAGCACACCCAACAAUAUCUAAUGAGGAAAGAACCUACAUCGAGACAAGCAUAGGAGAAGGAGCCAACGUGGUCAGUCUAAGUAAAUUUAAUACACCAUGGAAAAGAUUUUUUACAUCAUUGCCAGUCUAUGCAAUCAUUGUGGCCAAUUUUUGCAGAAGCUGGACCUUUUAUUUGCUGUUAAUAAGUCAGCCUGCUUAUUUUGAAGAGGUCUUUGGAUUUGCAAUAAGUAAGGUGGGCCUCUUGUCUGCAGUCCCACACAUGGUGAUGACUCUCAUAGUGCCUAUUGGAGGGCAAUUGGCUGAUUAUUUAAGAAGCAGAAAAAUUUUGACUACAACUGCCGUCAGGAAAAUCAUGAACUGUGGAGGUUUUGGCAUGGAGGCAACCUUACUGCUGGUGGUCGGCUUUUCCCACACCAAGGGGGUGGCCAUCUCAUUCCUUGUGCUUGCUGUAGGGUUUAGUGGCUUUGCUAUUUCAGGUUUUAAUGUCAAUCACCUGGACAUUGCCCCCCGCUAUGCCAGCAUUCUUAUGGGGAUCUCCAAUGGAGUAGGAACUCUUUCUGGAAUGGUCUGUCCCCUCAUUGUUGGUGCAAUGACCAAACACAAGACCCGAGAGGAAUGGCAGAAUGUGUUCCUGAUAGCUGCCCUGGUGCACUACAGUGGUGUGAUCUUCUAUGGGGUCUUUGCUUCUGGGGAGAAACAGGACUGGGCUGACCCUGAGAAUCUCUCUGAGGAGAAAUGUGGAAUCAUUGACCAAGAUGAACUGGCUGAGGAAAUGGAACUCAACCAUGAGAAUGAGAAUUUUGCAAGUCCCAAGAAGAAGAUGUCCUAUGGAGCCACCACCCAGAAUUGUGAAGUCCAAAAGGAAUGGAGAGGGCAGAGGGAAGAAUCCCAGGAGGAGGAAAAGCUGAGCUCCUACCAGAAUGAAGAGGGAAAUUUCUCAGAUGCAUUCUAAGGCACGUCCAUGGCCUCUUCACCUUAGAGCUAGAAAGUAUCCAUACCCAUUGCCUUCCCCAUAGCCUGGCUCACCAGUGGGUUAAAGAUAGGGACAUCAGAAUCCAGGGACAGAUUAAUUAGCAUUAGAGAAAAGAGAAAUGUCUUGUAAUGAUGCCUGUGCAUAUGGAACUUGCUGUAAAUUGUCAAAAUGGGGGUAAGUGUAAUUCUUUUCAUUGGUAGUUGAUGCUUCUCAUAAAGGAUGGAACGUCUUCAGAAAUGAAUGACUGAAAAGAUACGAGUGGGUGUAUCAUGUUUUCUCAAGAAAAAUGGAAGGAAGUGGGUAUAGUUAGCCUGAAGGAGAGAAAGCACUAGCCGGCACUACAUUUUGGAGGCAGCCAUGUAGAAGAGGGCCACUCUCGGAGAGCCCAUGGGGUGCCAGGUGCUUUCUAGACAUUCUCAUUUGUCUCCAGCCCUCUGUGACUUUUCUUAACCUGAUUGUACAACUAAAAAAACUAAAGCAACAAGAGAUUGUCUUGCCCAAGUCCUCUUGCCAGGGUCAAGGCUGAGAUUAGUAGGGUCCAAAGUAGUGUUGAGGGGAGAUGUUUCCCCUCAGGGUACGGAAGAUAUCUUUAAGUUAAAAAAGGAAAAACUACCUGAAAAUGGAGUGCAGUUUUGAGACAUGGGGGAUGGGAAGCAAAUGGUUGAUGUGGCUGAGAAGAUUUAACAGAGAAGGAGCAGCAGCGUUCCAAGUCCCUUCAGGUCUUCUAUGAGCAGAGAGUCAAUGAUUCUGUGAAUUCAUGAUUUGGAAAAGAUCAUCAAACCAAAGGAGAGAUUCAAAUAGGUUUUAAAAAAGAAAAUGUGAAAGCUGAGAAGAUAGUAAAAUAUCCAGGUAUCUGAUGGUUCAAAUGGUUGAGAAGUAGACAGUGGCAUGACUAUUAAAUUCCAACCCUCAUAAUAUCAAGAAUGUCUCCAAUUUACUUAUAUAAUCAUUAACUCAUUCAGUAAUUGAAGAAGUAGGUUC